AUGCUGGGGCUCUGCUGCCUGGUGCUGCUCGGCGCCGGGCUGGCGCCGUCGCGAGGAGCUGGCCACCCGGGCGCCGUCCUCAGGAUCGACAUCGGCACGAUGGACCGCGCAAUCUCCACUGUGCUGGCUGAGAGUGAUGUCCUUCAGAAAAUGGCAGAGGAAGCAACCAAAAAAAAGCUGAACCCCAAACUCAUCAAAGGCAUCUCGGGGGUGAAGGUGAAGGGCAUCGAGCCCCCCGUGAUCCGGCUGGGGCUCUGCCCGGGCACGGGGCUCUCCAUGGCGGUGCUGGUGCGCAUGACCAUCGCCGGGAAGAGCUUUAUGGGGGGGUACAUGGAGAUCACGCUGGCAGCCAACAUGACCGUGCAGGGCCGGCUGGCCCAGGACGCGCUGGGCACCCCCCGGUUCCGCUCGGAAAACUGCCGCAUCGCGCUGAUCAGCGUCAAAACCAACCUGCCCAACCACCUCCUGCCCAAUGUCUUCGACAAGUUUCUGGACAGGACCCUCCAGAAAGUGCUGCCGCCUCUGCUGUGUCCAGCUGUGGAUGCGGUGCUCAGCCUGCUGAAUGCAAAGCUGGCCACCUUGACCGCCGAGAUGCCCCUGGGGCUGGCGGGCACGCUCCGCUACGCCCUGCUGCCCGCUGCAGUGAAUGAGGCCUUCAUACGGCUGGAUCUGAAGGCCAUUCUGCGCCGAAAGGACGGAAGUGAGUCGGAGCUCCCUGCCGAGCAGCCGCCUCUCCCCGCUCUGCCCCCGAAGCCGGCGGCUGCGACGCAGCUCGUGCUCUCGGCCGCGCUCCUGAGCGCCACGCUGCGCGCGCAGCCGGGCGCCUUCGCGCUGGACGUCACCGACACCAUGGUUCUUGGGCUCCCGCCGCUGGUGACAUCAAUGCUGGGCACCCUCAUCCCUGAGGUGUCUGCAGUGCUGCCCCCAUCGCAGCCGCUGUUGAUCGCGAUGCGGGCGGCAAGUGCCCCGCUGGUGACCGUCACCGCGCAGGCCGCCUCCGUGCGCCUCGCCAGCACAGCCGCCUUCGUGGCCAGCCCCGCCGGCGCAGCCCCGCAGCCGCUCUUCGUGCUGCACGUUCGCUGCGAGCUGGGCGCGCGCUUCGCCGCCGGCGCGGGCAGGCUGCACGUCACCCUGGCGCUGCGCAGCGUGGCCGGGCUGGCCGUGGCCGCCUCCUCCGUGGGCACCUUUGACGAGCAGCCGCUGAGAGGGCUCUUGGCCGACGUCAUCCACGUGGCCUACCUGCCGUCCAUCARCGAGGCACUGCGAGGCGGCAUCCCGCUGCCCGAGCUGCUGGGCAUGAGGUACGAGCGGGCAGCGCUGCGCGGCGCCCAGGAUGCGCUGGUGCUGGACGUGCCCACCGCCGCCAAUGCCACCGCCAAUGUCACCAUGGCCACCAGUGCCACCGUCACCGCCGAGACCUGA